CGCGAAAGGAAACAGAGUAACUAGAAAGAACAACUUUAGUUUCUAACAUAGUUUCCACUAAUUUUAUGAGAUAUGGUGCCCAAUUCAAGAGUUCAAGAUCAUGUCUCCCUUCAUUUAGACAAUAAGCUUACUCACCUGUCUCAUAGGCACUGUGAAUGUAAUAUCUACAAAGUAUAUGAUCGACUUCGCAGACAAAAUGAAAAGGCUUACGAACCAGAAAUACUGGCAAUAGGCCCAUAUCACCACCAUAAAGCCAACAUAGUGAUGGAAGAACACAAGCUAUGGAAUUUGCAACAACUUCUUAAACGAAGAAAUGAGACGAGCGUGGAUAGGUACAUCGUAGCCAUGAGAGAUUUGCAAGAAAGAGCACGUGGAUGUUAUGCAGACUUUGUAAGCCUUAAUGAAGACGAGUUUGUGGUAAUGAUGCUUCUCGACAGCUGUUUUAUCAUUGAGUUAUUUCGCAAAUUCACCAUCACAAGUAUGCAAGAUGUGCAUGACCCUUUGUUCAAAAUAGAGUGGAUCCACCAUAUCAUAUGGCGCGAUUUAUUACUAUUUGAAAAUCAACUUCCAUUCUUUAUCCUCGUACAAAUGUUUGAAAUGACCAAAAUUCCAGACCCCCGAGACAAUAUCAUUGAUUUAGCCAUGCAAUACUAUUCUUGCACUAGGGAAUAUUACUAUUACCCUAUAUCGCCCAGUCCUGAAAAGAUUUCAACACCUUCCUCUUUAGUUUUACCCCAUGAUGUGAUGCAUGUACUUCACCUAGCACACCUUGUUACCUCUCAUUCAUUUGCAAAAUUGCUCGCGGAAAGAAAUUAUGGAAAGAAGAAAAAGAGAUGGGAAUUCAUACAUUGUGCCACAGAGCUACACGAGGCGGGGAUUAGAUUCAAGAAGGCUAAUCAUAGUACCCCUUUGCUCGAUAUAAAGUUUGAAAAUGGGACACUGCAAAUCCCACAAUUCCCGGUUGAAGAGAAGACCGAGUGCCUUUUUAGAAACAUAAUUGCGCACAGCAGCAUCUUCAAGAUUCGAACCCUAAAUAUGUCACGGAUUAUUUGACUUUCAUGUUUUGCCUCAUCAACUCGUCCAAGGAUGUCAGCUUGCUCCGUCGUAAUGGAAUUAUCAAUAAUAUGUUAGGCGACGACGAAGCUAUUUGCGCCAUGUUUACCAAAGCCUCUAAUA